CUUCCCUGAAUGCAGCAUUGCCCUAUAGAGAAACAUGGCGACCUGCAUGAGUGUUGUUACAAGAGUUAGAGGCGCGCUGUCAGUGCUACCGCCGAUAGGCAGACGGUGGCCCUCAAGGCGCAGUAGCGCCGCUGUUGUCCCGCACCGCCUCCGGCACGGAGCCCGGAGCAGUCUGUACGAGCAUGUCCGUGAAGGCUACAGCGACAAGCCCGAGCUGGACAUGAGGGCGGUGUGUGAGGAGACCGACAAAGUCAUCGUUAACGUGGAGAGCAGGAAGGGAGACCUGCGAGGAGACGAUGUCAGGAAAAUUGUUGGUGUGUGGCAGGAGCUCCAGGCAGUGAGGACAGAGAUCUCUGAGCUGGAGAAGGAGAAAGGAAGCAUCAGCGAGACAGUUAAAAACCUGGUGAGCCAAAAUGACAAGAAAGCCCUUGCUAAUCUCCCAGAGUACACCCAGGCCCUGCAGAGGGGCCGCGAAAUCCGCGUCAGAUUGAACCAGCUCUACCUUAAAGACACUGAGCUGGAUCAGGAGCACUACAGCCGAGCGCUACGUCUGCCAAACAGCACCCACCCUGAUGUGCCAGUUGGAGAUGAGAGCCAAGCGAGGGUGGUGGAGUAUGUUGGAAAGAAAGCAGAGUUUGCGUUCAAGCCUAGAGGCCACGUCGAGCUCGGGGAGGAGUUGGGCCUCAUCAGACAGAGGCAUCUGUCUCACAUUUCCGGACACCGGUCGUAUUAUUUGAGGGGAGCCGGGGCCAGACUUCAAACCGCACUUCAGAACUUUGCCCUCGACACUUUGCAGCGACGGGGCUUCAUUCCAUUGGUUGUGCCAGACAUGCUAAAGGGGGUGGUGUUUGAGGGUUGUGGGAUGCAGUCAAACGCUCAGCGCUCUCAGGUCUACUCCUUGGACCCGGCACAUUUCCCAGACCUCAACCUGGCUGGAACGGGGGAGGUGGGGGUGGCAGGCUAUUUCAUGGAUCACGCAGUAAACUGGAAGGACCUGCCUGUCAGGACGGUUUGCAGCAGCACCUGCUACAGGGCAGAGACUGACACUGGGAGAGAGACGUGGGGCCUUUACAGAGUUCAUCACUUCAAUAAGGUGGAAAUGUUUGGGGUGACGGCUGAUGAGACGGGAGAGGAGAGCUCCCAGCUGCUGGAGGAGUUUGUUUCCUUGCAGAAGGAGAUGUUUUCUGCCCUGGAACUGCACUACAGAGUUCUAGACAUGCCCACUCAGGAGCUGGGUCCUCCUGCGUACAGGAAGUACGACAUCGAAGCGUGGAUGCCAGGGAGGAACAGCUAUGGAGAGAUUUCCAGUGCCUCCAACUGUACAGACUAUCAGAGCAGACGCCUCAACAUGCUGUAUGAGAGGGAGGGCGGCAGCCUGCAGUACGCCCACACAGUGAACGCCACGGCGUGUGCGAUUCCUCGAAUGAUCAUAUCAAUCCUGGAAACCCACCAGACCAAAGAUGGAACAGUGCGCGUUCCUCGAGCCCUGCAGCCUUAUCUGGGUCUUGAAGUGAUUGAGAAGCCAAAGUACACGCCGCUGAAAUACAUCGGACCCAACCAACACAGUAGACCCCCCAGGCCUGGUCUUAACAGAAGAUGAAAGUCCUGCCAGCAGAAGCUUCUGAUCCAUUUCUGGUCAAACAGAGCAGUUCCUGCACAGAGAAAAUGGGGUUGUUGUGUCAUUUUUCUUCAAAUUAAAUAAAGCAUACUUGAAUCUUGA